AGCCGUUUAGGAGUAGGAGCAGAGUCGAGCUAAUUUACACGAUCGUUGCUGUUAAAGUGUUUUAUGUUGCGCGCUAGAUUCGAUCGUGCGAUCGUUUUGUGUUGUCGUUAUGUGUUGUGCCUCUCUAUAUGUGCUAACUAUAAGAGUGAUUAUUAGUUUGGUGAAACAAUAGCAAGUUUUGUUUUCUAGCUUCUUCAAAGCAUUCCUACAACUCUUAUCAAUAGUUUAAUAAGCAAUCCUUUCGAAUCUAUCCUGCGUGUUCCGAUAACCGAUGCCUUGCUUCCACUGACGGAGCAGCUCUCAUUUGCGAAACGGAAAGGGAAUGACGGAUGUUUCGAAAUCCACUCCACUCCGCGGCAUGGGACGGCAAGGGCAAGGGGGGUGGCACACGAAAUUCAAAUCAUGAACGCAAAGUGAAGCUCCCGGGCGGCUUCGGUGGCACACGAAAUUGAGUGAGUGUGUGGGGUAGGGGAGGCGGGAGGCCAGCACCAAGUUUGCACCGGCAGCAGCAGCAGCAGCAGCUUGACUUCGCCGGACGAUCGUAUCGGAUAAAACCCUCCCGGUGGACGGAUAAGGGGCAUUAUGGAUAAUCAUAGAGAAGAAUAUGGCACUUAAUUUAAGAAAAUGGGAAGAUUGAAGAAUAAAGUGGUCACAAACCAACCCGUCCUAACCAAACCCGCCGUCGUCUUCGUCGUCGCGGUCGCCGUCGUUGCGGUCGGAAUCGAAAACGCUCACGCACACAACGCUGCUGGACCACAAUAAGAAUUGAAGAUUGGACCCACCUUUGCAAAGACCAUGUGAAGACGCGUGUCUGUGUGUGUUUGUGAGAGAAAGUGUGUGUGGUUGUGGUGCCCUUUUGCACAAUGCUGCAUAUCCGUUCGAAGGUAGUAGAAUAGAAUCGUACGGAAAAUGAACAGAACAGAUGAUAUUACAUGAACAUUGGAGAUGCUGUGUAGUUUAAUAGAAGAACGCUUAAUAAGAUCUUUAUUGCUUGCCAAAAUAGUUUUAAAAUAUGCCUCCACAUGAUUAGUUCCACAAAUUGAUCUAUAUUCGAGCGUCUUCAAGUGCCUUUGGAACGAUCGCCAUCGCUCGUGGAUGUCUCCGGAUGUUCCCAUCCUGCGUGGAUGUCCCAUGGACUGUAACACCUGCCUUCCAUAGUGUUCGUUCGUCCGCUCAGUUGUGCCUGAGUUGUGGCUGUGUGCGAGUGUGUCUGUGUGUGUCUUCAUUUCUUCCCCGGUUCAAUUUGCCCUGUCGUCCUGAAUUGACGACCAUUGUGUAACGCUUCUCGUUUGAUGUGGUCGGCCGUCGGAAGAUAGUUGCUAGAUGCUUGGGUAUGUUUGGUGAAGAAGCGACAAACCGCAAACGACUCCAGGGAUGAACUGCACACAACCCGCCAUCGAUGACUUUCCCCGGGACCUGUUCACCGAGGCGCAGCGCCAGAAUGGGGCAGUAGUGUUACAUGCAAUCGCUAGUUUAUAUUUAUUUGUAGCUUUGGCCGUAGUUUGUGAUAAGUAUUUUGUACCUGCCGUCGAGAAGAUUUGCCAAGCGUUAAACAUGUCCAACGAUGUAGCCGGUGCCACGUUUAUGGCAGCGGCCACCUCCGCCCCAGAACUGUUCGUGAACGUGAUUGGCACGUUCAUCACCGAAGGUGACAUCGGCGUCGGCACCAUCGUGGGCUCUGCCGUCUUCAAUAUCCUGGCCGUGGCGGCCUGCUGUGGCAUCGGUGCCGGCAUGGUAGUGCCACUGGACUGGUGGCCGCUGACGAGGGACUGUUUGGCGUACGGCAUUACGGUGGCCAUCCUGAUUUGCAUCAUCCAUGACGAGCGGGUCGAGUGGUACGAGGCACUGAUAUUGGUGUUGCUGUAUAUUGUGUACAUUGCUGUGAUGUACUAUGAUAAGUCGUUCCAAAAGUGUGCCAGAGGUGGUUUGAAGCACGCCCGAAAGCGAAGAUCCCACGAUACCUCCAGUAGCCUCAAGUCGGAUUCUAGCCGAACGCAAGAGGCAAUUGAGGCGCGCACACCGCUGCGCAUCGGACACUUCCAGCAGAACGGCAACUUGAAGAAUGUGGCCCAUAUCGAUGCACCCGCGGAAUUGACGUCACCAGCUGGCGGGAUGGACGUAGAAAUGCAAAUUAAGCCAUUUACAUCGAUCGACUUGCGUGCGCCGCCGGGCGGGACGGCAACCGCCACGACCGAUCUCGAAACACACAAGCCAAGCGCCGGCCCAUCGUCGGUCGACCCGGCCCCAGCCGAGGGUGAGGUGGGCGAUGUGCCCGAGCGGCCACCGCCACCGCCAAGUCCAGCCACACCGCCGGUCCAGGAGCAGGACGCCGGCGUGAAUGGUGUGAAGGAAACGGUGGCCGGUACGCUACCGCCGAAGGAGUGGAACGGUGAGAAUGGGCACGGCACCACCGGUCCGGUGGCGGAGGCCGUUGUUAGAGCGCUGGAAAGUGGUAGCACUGGUGCGGAAGUCGAUGGCAACGUUGAGGGCGGAGCUAACGGCAACGAUGGAGAAAGUGCACCAGAGAAGGAUGAUGAGGAUGAGUUUAAGCUGCUAAAGUACCCGCUCGGCAAGAGUGCGUUCACGCAGUUCUCGUGGAUCAUUACCUGGCCGAUCCAUCUGCUGUUCAUGUUCACCAUACCGAACUGCGAGACGCCACGUUUCCGGAACUGGUUCCCGCUGACGUUCAUCAUGUGCAUCGUGUGGAUUGGCUCGCUGUCGUACGUCGUCGCGUGGAUGAUUACGAUCAUUGGCGAUACGCUCAAGAUACCGGACUCCGUAAUGGGCAUCACGUUUCUGGCUGCCGGUACGAGCGUGCCGGAGGCCGUUUCCAGUGUGAUAGUAGCAAAGCAAGGUCACGGUUCGAUGGGCAUCAGCAACUCGAUCGGGUCGAACACGUUCGACAUACUGCUGUGCCUGGGGUUGCCCUGGUUCAUCAAGGCGGCCUUCUCACCGAUCGAACCGGGCCACCACUGGGUCGGCAUCAACUCGGCCGGGCUGGAGUAUUCGGCCAUCUCGCUCCUCUCCACGCUGCUAAUGCUGUACAUCGCCUUUUCGCUGAACAAGUUCAAGCUGGACCGACGGGUCGGCAACGCCUGCCUCAUCAUGUACGCGGUAUUCCUCAUUCUGGCCAGCCUGAUCGAGCUGAAUGUGUUCUUCCGCGUCAACCUGCCGACCUGUGGACGGUGAGCCAGCGUAGAUGCUGGGAUGUGUUUGUGGUGUGGCAGUUCUGCAAGAAGUUCUGCUGCCCAGGAGCGGGCAGUUGUGCGAUUAGGGAAUCGAAUCGAGGGCGGUAUUGGGCGUGCAAACCUUUGGUGGCAUUCGGAACUAGCACCGGGUAGCGCAGCGAAGGUUUGCUAAGGUCCAAACAUAUUUUUUUUGGAUUCCACUCCUCUUGGAGUGGAAGAAUACACAUCUUGAGAGGUGAAAACCCUCUGACGGGUAUGUAGAUCAAGCUGUAUGCAUUGUUGUCCAUGUAUCUACCAACCCAGCCAGCGUAUUAUAAGCUCUCUAGUUUACCUAUGACAACGGUAAUCUCUGCAGUAAGCUGUCGAAUGGUCAGUUAACGGGCUACACAUUCCAGAGCUAUCGGGUGCCUCAAACACAUCUCAACACUGUGGAUCACCCAGUAGCAUUAAAGUUAUCCACAGUAUUUUCUUCACAACUCACAAAAAACACACAUAGUUGGCGUAAGCAUUCCCCUUUUCAUACGACAAAACAACUUAACCAUAAAGUCAAACCGUCGUUAGUUGUUUAUUCGAGUUGGAUAUUUGGAUGUUGUUGUCAGGAAAGCAGAUAUGACUAACAGCGUCAAACAAGACAAUAGAAGAAAAGGAAUAACAACAAAAGAAUAUUUGUAAAUUGUAAGCAAUUGUAAGUAAAGCAUCUAUCAAAAGAGGUAACACAGGAUACUACAAUCACUAAAAUUUGAGGAGUAAAUCAUUUGAUCUUCGAAAGUAACUACAAGAAAACAAUUACAAACACAUAUAAAUCAGUUGUGUGCACACACCAUAGUGUGGUUAUGAGAGUAGAUGCCAAGCAUACCUUUUUCCAACACAAACUUCCUUUCUCCAAGCUGGACUUAGUUGGGCACGUGUACCGCGUCACGUACUGUUGGCGCACUUGAGCUUCUCGAAAAUCCCUAACCUCGUUUGCCGCAAACGAGAUGAUGAUGUCGAUGAUGUGUCUCGUGUGCUGGAGCGAUAACCGUUGAUCUGUUGUAAAUAUUUAACCUCCAUCCCGCGAAUGCGAUUCCAUGCGAUCAAGUGUACCUUCUGUGGUAAGCUCUAACUCCAAAAAAACAGCGUUUCCGUUUUCCCCUUGUUAGUUGUGUACGAUCUCUUAAGAAGAGAAAAAAUAAACUGCAUAUUACAGACAUCAACAGACAAAACAAGCAAACCAAGAUGAAACUAACAAAGAGUGUUUGUGCGUGUUUCAAAACGUAGUAGUGAAUUAUGAAUAUACAGAAAUACAUGUUACGUUGCUAAGGUACAGAU